UAUAGUGUAACAAGCUGCAAACGAGUGCUGAAGCAACUGGGUAGCAGUCUGUGUGUCACUGGAACUGGGUUUGAUAGGGACUAGCAUGGCAGAUUACCUGAUCAGUGGAGGCACAGGGUAUGUUCCUGAGGAUGGCCUCACAGCACAGCAGCUCUUUGCUGUUGGGGAUGGCCUCACCUACAACAGAUCAGCUCAUCAGUGUGAUGCUGAUGGACUCACAGCAGAAGAGCUAUGCUUAAAGGGAGAUGGAUUGACUUAUGAUGAUUUCCUGAUACUCCCUGGGUUCAUUGACUUCACUGCUGAUGAAGUGGAUUUGACCUCUGCUCUUACCAGGAAAAUCACCCUGAAAACACCCCUGAUCUCCUCUCCAAUGGACACUGUCACAGAGUCCAGCAUGGCUAUUGCUAUGGCACUUAUGGGAGGUAUUGGGAUCAUCCAUCACAAUUGCACACCAGAGUUCCAGGCCAAUGAAGUUCGUAAAGUUAAGAAAUUUGAGCAAGGGUUCAUUACAGACCCUGUGGUGAUGAGUCCUCGCCACACUGUGGGGGAUGUCUUCGAAGCUAAAAACCGUCAUGGAUUCUCUGGAAUUCCAAUCACUGAGACUGGGAAAAUGGGGAGCAAUUUGGUGGGGAUUGUCACAUCCAGGGAUAUUGACUUUCAGACUGAGAAGGAGUAUGAUACACCCCUAAGUAAGGUGAUGACAAAGCGAGAAGAUUUGGUUGUUGCUCCUGCAGGUGUCACUCUGAAAGAAGCAAAUGACAUUUUACAGCGCAGCAAGAAAGGAAAGCUGCCCAUUGUGAAUGACAGUGACCAACUGGUUGCAAUCAUUGCUCGGACAGACCUGAAGAAGAACCGUGACUACCCUCUGGCAUCCAAGGACUCCCGUAAACAGCUGCUGUGUGGUGCAGCCAUAGGGACCAGGGAGGAUGACAAAUACAGGCUGGACCUGCUGCUGCAGGCGGGAGUGGAUGUUGUGGUUCUGGACUCAUCGCAGGGCAAUUCAGUUUAUCAGAUUAACAUGAUUCAUUACAUCAAACAAAAAUACCCUGAACUUCAGGUCGUCGGAGGGAAUGUGGUAACUGCAGCACAGGCUAAAAAUCUAAUAGAUGCAGGUGUGGAUGCUCUCAGAGUUGGAAUGGGGUGUGGCUCCAUUUGCAUCACUCAGGAAGUUAUGGCUUGUGGCCGACCCCAAGGUACAGCAGUGUAUAAAGUAGCCGAGUAUGCCCGUCGUUUUGGGGUCCCUGUGGUUGCAGAUGGUGGUAUUCAGACCGUGGGACAUGUAGCGAAGGCUCUUGCACUUGGAGCUUCUACAGUGAUGAUGGGAUCACUACUGGCAGCUACCACAGAGGCACCAGGAGAGUACUUCUUCUCUGAUGGUGUGAGACUAAAGAAAUAUCGUGGGAUGGGUUCCCUUGAUGCAAUGGAGAAAAACAGUAGCAGCCAGAAACGAUAUUUCAGUGAGGGGGACAAAGUGAAAGUUGCUCAGGGAGUGUCUGGGUCCGUCCAGGACAAGGGGUCCAUUCACAAGUUUGUCCCAUACCUGAUCGCUGGAAUCCAGCAUGGCUGUCAGGACAUUGGGGCUAAGAGCCUGUCUAUUCUACGUUCCAUGAUGUAUUCAGGAGAGCUGAAAUUUGAGAAGAGAACCAUGUCUGCUCAAGUAGAGGGAGGAAUCCACGGGCUCCAUUCUUACGAGAAACGGCUAUACUGAUGGAGGGGGCAGAACUCAACUACGAAUGGCUCCUGACGUCCCAUCUCCUUUGGCAAACAAGCAAAAUGGUCACAUCUGAAAUCACCCUUCCUGCGCGCUUGGAUGCGGAGCUGAUAGUUCACGAAUUCAUGAUGAUAACAAUUUUGCACUGUCAAUGAAGUAUUGUCGGUUUAACUACCAUGAGUACAUUGACCUAACCUUAAACAAAAAAAUAAUAAAAUAAACAGAACAGCUAUGGAAGGGACCUUGCUUGCAAAGCUAGCAGUUUAAGCAUGCUUAAGAAGCUGAGAGGUCUUUGUAUAUAGAGCAGAGAUGAUCCCUUUCCAGUGCUUUUUUCAGAGAAAUGUCACAGAGCAUUCUAGUUCAGGGUAAUGUGUGAAAAAAGCAAUGUUGUCUUGCUACCUUGUUUUGUGGCAAAUAUGGUUUUGUCAUUUUUUUUAGGUUAUUACAAGUAAUUGUUUAUAAAUCAAGCACUGUUUUUGUGUGUUUUUGUUUUGUUGUUUUUUUUUUUAUAUACAAUAACACAGGUCCCCAGCAUAAUUGCAUGCCCCAAAGCUCACAAAAGUUGCCAGUGCAGUGUCAGACAAUCUUGUUACAGCUUCAGGGUUGUGUGCAAUAGCUUCAGGGUUGUGGCUGCUACUGUAGAGCAAGCAGUAAUUACUGUGGUCUGAAAUCUGUAAAGUAAACAGAAUUAAUAACUAUACUCUUGGAAAUAGAAAACGUGAUGAGACAUUCCAAAUACUUGGGCAGAUGUAGUCUUAUAAGAAUGCCUAAGAUAUUCCAUAGCACAAUUUUGGUCAUGUCCAAGUGCAGUUUUCAAAAAUAAGAUGAUGGUCAGUGAGUGCACCCUUCACCAAAACCUUGGGUUGGCCUGUUGAGAGGUACGAGAAUGUAUUACAGCUUAAGGUUGCCUGUAGUUCACCUGCAGAGUCUUUAUUGGGUUACACUGUUAGCAAUUCCAGUUUCUCUCCACGUGGAUCUGGAGGGCAGACUACGAAAUGCCAGUUCCCUUAGCAAUCUUUCUGACCAACAAUUUAGUUUUUUUUUUUUUUUUUUUUUUUUGCCUUGCAGAACAUUAGCCAGCCUGCCAGAUGUGUAGAAUGAGGGAACUCCAACUACACACUGUAAUUUUUAUAACCUCCCAAUCAUAAGACAUCUUGAAUUAACCUGUUUGCCACUUAGUUUGUAGUUUUAUAAAGCAGCCUUAUAUUGGGAAUAGAGCCUUAUGAAGGUAAAGUGUGUUUUUAAACUGAAGAGAAAUGUUGUCUAGACUCUAAAUGUUACUGAAGAUAGCAAUAGAUUAUUUGAAACGAACGGUUGUAUUUUUUUUUUUUUUUUCACGGCAGUCAUCCUGUGUGUAUUUGUGUACGGAUCAUGAGUGCUACCAUGCAGUGAACACAACUCUCAAAUAAAUGUACAACGUCUUGUAUUACAAACAUGGUUAACACGGCUUUAUUGUUUAUUUUAACCAGGAAAAUACCUAGAGCAUUCCUUUAAGAACCUUUCAGAUAUCACUUGUUUUUUUUUUCUUUGUAGCAAGUCAUAUUUCUAACUGUUUAAUUUUAACCAGGAAUGACCAACCUCUGAUAUUCUGCUAGUGCAAAUCGUUCAUUUUUGACAAAUAUAAAAACACCACCACAAUCUAAAUGUGGUAUUGUGUUAUGUUGAAUAAAAGUACACAUUUAAAAUA